AUGUGGCGCUUGGCGGUUCUCGCGGUUCUGGCUGUGUCGGCCGCGGCGGCGGAGGACGCCUUCCUAGCGCAGGAGUCGCUGCUGUACGCUCUGGCCGCCGCCGCGCCGCCGGGCGCCUCCAACUCCUCCUGCAGCGGACAGCUCUCACAGCUGCGGGACGCCGCCGAACGCAGACACGUCUGGGCGCUCAAGAUGCUGGACGCAAGUGGCACUCCUGGAGCGGCUUUUCUGUGGGGCAACAACUACUGGCUUGGGUCCAGAUCUCAGUGUGAAACCAUUCCACUUCGUGAACCACUGGUGCUUUCCAGAGAUCUACCGAAGCCACCUCUCGCGUGGCCACCUUACCCAAUACACUUCUCAGUCGCCUCGUUUAGGCACAAUGCAACACUUCAAGUCCAUGUCGGUUUGCCCAAUGAGGAUUUGAUAGUAGUUGGACUGUGCCUGCCUGCCUCAUGUCCUGCAAAGGAGGUAGCUGAACUGCUGGAUGCAGCAUUCCUUUCAAAUCCUAUAUACAUCCAGAAGAUGUACAACAUGAGCUUCAGUCGAGUCCAGGUGGAAUCACUAAAGGAAGAUGACUCAUGGGUGUCAGAACAAACAUUUGUUACUGUUGAGGUACUGUUGACAUUUGUAGCGGUAAUCGUGAUUCUGGGUACAGCAUAUGAUGUCAUUAUUUGGCAGCCUCAUCUGAGAGAAAUAACAGCACAUGGCACGUCCCAGAAAACAAAAGUCCACAGUGUUAAAGAGAACAUGGAGGUAGCCAUCACCAACCCUAAAAUACAUGAAAACAAUAAUGAUAAUAGUUACAGCAACAACUACAGUGAGAAAACUGAUUGUUACACAAGCAAAUCAACAUCUUCCACAAGAGAGAAAAUUGUGCAGGGGCUUGGGCCGCUGAAUAGCAUCUUAGUAUGUUUCUCCAUAUAUUCCAAUGUACCCAUAAUACUCGACACCCAACUUGGUUGUGACUCUGUCCCAGCAAUACAUGGCCUGCGAUUCAUGGGUAUGGGUUGGAUCAUCAUGGUGCACACUGUUUUCUAUCUCAGUGAUUAUGCCGAUAAUAAACCACAAGCUUUUUACUUGUCAGAAGGUUUCAUGGUGCAGGUGGUCAGUAAUUCUACUCUUUCAGUAGACACAUUUUUCUUCCUCAGUGGGUUCCUAGUUUCAUAUCUGUAUUAUCAAGGGAAACAAGGAAAGAAACCCUCACAAGAGACAUGUGGAAGCAAAAUUGUGGAGUUUAUCACCAUGGUUCUACGAAGAAUUAUUAGGUUGACACCAGCAUAUAUGGCAGUGAUUGGAAUUGCCAUACUUAAUAUGAAAUGGCACAGCCAGAAAACUUUGUUCCAUAUGACAGAGAGAGCAGAUGUUAUUUGUCCGAAGUACUGGUGGCGGAAUUUGCUUUACAUCAAUAAUCUGUUUGACAGGGAAGAAAUGUGUUUGUCCUGGAGUUGGUACUUAUCCAAUGAUAUGCAAUUUUUUAUAAUUGCAAGUUUCCUUCUCAUUCUCUCUAGCAGCUACUUCUUGCUGAGUGCUAUUAUUCUGGGAUCACUAAUUGUUGCUUCAUCAGCAGUAACUUUCUACUCAUCAUAUAUCAACAGUUAUAUUCCUGUGUUAGAUCAACAAUUUGCAAUGCUUAGUACCUUGUACGAUCCACCUUGGACACGCAUUGGACCACAUCUAGUUGGAGUAGCUACUGGCUACAUUGUUAUUUAUUUGAAAGGGAAGCUCAUACUGAAGAAGAGAACACUGCUAAUGGCAUGGCUUCUAGGAUCCACUUUCAAUGUGAUCACAUUAUUUGGUCUCUACAAUCGUAAUAUCCCGGUUACUGCAGCAGCACUUUAUGUGGCUCUAAGUAGAACUGCAUGGGCACUGGGAAUCUCGUGGAUCAUAAUAGCAUGCUGCACAAACAAUGCUGGCAUCAUCAACUCUAUAUUAUCGUUUAGAGGAUGGAUACCACUCAGCCGUUUAACGUACUGUGUUUACCUCCUGAACCCACUGCUUAUGAAUUCCAUGUACCUAGACAGCGAAACUGCCAUGCAUGUCGAGUUUUUACCGCUGGCUGCUUACUUCUUUGGCCAUGUAGGUGUGUCUUUCUUUUGUGCAUUUGUUUUGUCCCUGACUUUUGAGACUCCAAACGUCCUGUUAAUGAGGUGGCUGUUGGGAUGCAGAAGUAAGAACCAGAAAGCAAAUGCAAGAGCUAAGGACUGUAAAGCUACCUCAGUGUAGUAUCGACUGAUUAAUGUGUAGUUCCUGCUAGUCAAGUUGUGAUUUAAUUUAGUAUUGCUUCGAUAUUAAAGCUGUUUUAAAAUCACUUCCCAUUUUUUAUAACUAGUGAAAUUGUAAACCAUGUGCAUGUGGGCCCACAUUGAGUUUUUCUGAUGUAUCCAAGAUAGCUGAAUUUCACAAAAUUAUAACCCUCCCUUUUA